CAAGCCGUGUGCCGCCGCAGCCAUGUCCCGAAAGCAAGCGGCGAAGAGCCGGCCUAGCAGCGGCGGCCGCAGAGCCGAGGCGGAACGCAAGCGGGACGAGCGGGCGGCGCGCCGGGCGCUGGCCAAGGAGCGGCGGAACCGGCCCGAGCCUGGCGGCAGCGGCUGCGAAGAAGAGUUUGUGAGCUUCGCCAACCAGCUGCAGGCCCUGGGGCUGAAGCUGCGGGAGGUGCCGGGGGACGGCAAUUGCCUGUUCAGAGCUCUGGGUGACCAGUUGGAAGGCCAUUCCAGGAACCAUCUUAAGCACCGACAGGAGACUGUGGACUACAUGAUAAGGCAGCGUGAAGAUUUUGAGCCCUUCGUGGAAGAUGACGUUCCCUUUGAGAAGCAUGUGGCCAGUUUGGCAAAGCCUGGUACUUUUGCUGGCAAUGAUGCAAUUGUAGCCUUUGCAAGAAACCAUCAGUUGAAUGUGGUGAUCCACCAGCUUAACGCCCCCUUGUGGCAGAUUCGAGGCACAGACAAAAGCAGUGCGAGAGAGCUCCACAUCGCAUACCGGUACGGUGAACACUAUGACAGCGUCCGGAGGAUCAAUGACAACUCAGAAGCGCCGGCUCAUCUCCUAACCGAUUUCCAGAUGCUUCAUCAAGAUAGAACAAAUAAAACAGAGAAGAUGAAGACAAAAGGGGUGGAUGUUGAAGAUGGCCUGAGGGAUGAUAUGGAAGAUGCUGUCCAGAAAGUUGGCAAUGCAACUGGAUGCACGGACUUUAAUUUAAUAGUCCAGAAUCUGGAAGCUGAAAAUUACAACACUGAAUCUGCAAUAAUCGCCAUGCUUCAGAUGAAUCAGGGGACAAGAAACAAUGCAGAGAAGAACCUUGAGCCUGGUGACAGAGUGAAGCAGCGUGACCUUUUGUGUGAGGAGGCAGGCAGCGGCUCCAGACUCUCUGGAAAUCAGGGCAGAAAUGAAGGCAGGAUGGAGACCAGUGAGGCUCGAGCCAGCCCUGCUGAAGGGAACAAAGCACGCAAGAGCCAGCUCCCAAAGGUCACAAACAAGCAGCGGAGGGAACAACAGCGGCUGGAGAAGAAGAAACGUCAGGAGGAGAGGCACCGCCUCAAAGCCCUGGAGAACAGAAACAGCAGCAGAGACACAAGCAGAAGUGAAGCGGACGAGAACACUCAGGUCACCUUGGUGAAGACUUUCGCUGCUCUGAACAUCUGACUCUCAGGCCCUGAGCGGUGAAGGGUGUGCAUUGCAGACAAGGCGUCCCAGCUCCGUGUCCUCUGAGGACGAGACAAUGUAGGCACCCACACGCCUACAGCAGCCAGUGUCCUCCAAGCUGCCUCUUUCUGUCCUGUGUUUUGUUGUGUGACAGUGUGGUGACACCAUUCACCUUCUGGUGGGCCCUGGGGCAGGAAGGCUUUGUUUGCCUUGCGUGUCAGAGUGUGGUGGUUCUAGGCUCUUCCUUUGAUGCGUGGGGUGGGUUCCUUGUAAUUAUUCUUGAAGUCAUUCAGCACAAUCAUUAGAAAUCUUCAGUGACAACGCCCUUCGUUUCUCUCUUUUUCAAGCAGGAUGAGUGUCUUGGUUUCCCAGCUCAGGAGUGUGCUGAGAUUUGAUUUGCUUCUGAUACAGGUCACUAGGACAUGUCAGUGGUAGGACAGGAUGGGUAGCUCACAGCAGCUAGGGAGGUCACGGCCAUCUCUCUCCCUCCUGUCUCUGAUAUCCUCUCAGAGAGUGUGGGUGUCUCUCCCCUCUCCAGCCACGUGGUGCAUGUGCCUGGCUGUGGGUGAGACCUGGGUUUGCUAGUGCAGGGGACUUGGGGACAGUUAGGAGAAGUGGCACUGAUUAUGGCAUACCUCUGAGCUUAGAAGUGCAGGCUGAGUCUCUUGCUGUGCAGGGGGGAGCUGGGGCUCUUCAGUUCUGCCUUGGAAGAAUGUUCUAUGGCAGCAGGCUACAGGAAUAAGGUUUUCUAUGCUUACAUCUUAAGUACCUAUAGUUUUUCUUUUUGUUAUGCUAGAUUCAGAAAGAUGCCUACAGAGAAAUGGCUGGUUGUUUGAUCUCCCAGGCUGUAAGCUUUCUUAACAUGAAGAUGGCGUGAGGUCCCAUAGUGUAGCUUGCAUGCUAGCUCAAGCCAAGCCUGUAACCCCAGCACUGAUGCAGAGGCAGGAUUGCCUCAAGUUUGAGGCCAGCCUGGGCUAUAUAGGCUAGCUAGGGUUAGAAUGAAAGGUCCCAUUUCACUCCCUACCUGUGAGGUGGGGGGAAUCUUAUAAACAGGUAUGCUGAGGGUUGUUUUUUUUUAAAUUUAAACUUUAUUUGGGGUUUUGGUAGUGGAGAAAGUAUAGCAGUGGCUGAGGAGGCUGCCUGUGGCUAAGCUCGAUGGCAGGGGAGAAGGGGGAGAGAACCUGCACCACCAGAGGUGCCGUUCCACAGCCUAGGUUAUGUGGACAUUAAACUGUCAUGUGUUGGAUGAACAUCCAUGACCAAAGUCGAUGUCCUCUGGGAACCUAGUAUUUGGACUAAUCCUGUACACUGGGUCAAAAGAUAAGUUAUUUCUUGUCACUAAAGAAAGGCAAAAAGAAAAUUACAAAAGCAUCUAGGCGCAGGCACCACUGUCUGGGCAGGUCUCGGGUUCAUCAGUCGACUGAUGAGUGGGCUGCGAGCGUCUUCAGGGUGAUGAUGUCCUCUCAUUGUCUGUUUAGCUUUGGAACUUUGUGUUUGGAACACCUGAAGUGUCCUGGACUCUCUCCCAGGAUGCUGUGUUGCUUCCUACUUACAGUACAGGACACCGCAGUGCUGUGCAGAUUUGCAAAUGGCAUGGUCAGUCCCAGUAAGUAAGUGAGGGAGGGAGGGAGGUGGUUGCUGCCCUCUAACGGACAGGAUGCGGCUGCCUCUGGGAGCCAGUGUUCUCUGAAGUCACCUGGGCAGCCUCUGAAUGAAAGCUCUCUGCUCCCAGCUUUGUAUUGCCUGAUGGCAGAAUGCCAGGUCCUUGCAGAAAGGUCAGGGUUGUUUACCAAAACCUCAGGACUGGCAGUCAGAAGUGGCAGGCCUGGGGUAGGUAGCAGUGCUUGAUGGUGGACCACUUGCCUCGUGCAUGGGAAGCCUGGUUUCCAGCCCCAGCACUUCAAAAUCCAAGCUGUGACUAUCUCUCUGCAGCCCAAGUAGUGUUGCCUUCCCAGAGCUGCUCUCGGCAGCCCAAGUAGUGCCUUCCCAGAGCUGCUGUUUACCUGGCAGAGGAAGCUAGCUGCCCUGGGUCUCUUGGGUGUCAGAGCUCCUGGGGAGUCAUAAAGGAACACCUUUCUUUACAAAUUUACAUCUAGUUCUGGGUUACCUGCCUGGCAGUAGCCUCUGCUUUCUGGAGCACAGUAGCACUUUCUUCAAAACAAGUUUGUCUUGUCACCGUCUAGCUUUCCUGCUUCAGUUGGUGUAUUUCUAUGUGCUGAUUAUUGGAAAUGGGGUGCUUGCACCCAGUUCAGGCUCAGAAUGUGGGUUUCACUACCUCAGUCUCGUGGAGUGAGAGGUGGAUGGUCCAUUGCAUCACCACGUUAGUGGGUACCUGACAGUUACCUCAUUGGCAGCCAGGGUGAGACCCAGUGCAUUAAGCUUUGGGGAGAUGAUGGUUAACACUUGUUCCUCCAGUCUGGAUGCUCUCAGAGAAGCUGUCCUGGGAAGGGAACUGUCAGCCUCCUGGCUGUAUCCUGGCUGCUACCUGAGAAUGUCAUUGUAACUCAUAAGGAGGCCACAAAGGAAAGCCACAGUGCUUCAUGGUACUUCACUGGCCUUAAUACUGUAUAGAGAGGUUUUCUAGGUUUUAAGAAUAAUUUAAGGUUAAAUUUUUAAAAAAAAUUGUUGGCAGAACCUUUACACUGUAGGCAGAUGAAUUGGCACAGGCUAGACUUGUAGAUAGCACAGCCCACCAGGAGGUAGUGCUGGGGAUAGAUCAGUUCAUUCUGUUUUCAACAAUAACGUCUAUCUUGAGGAAGUGAAGUGUGGCCAGAAACUGUGGCAGCGGGAGGCACUUCAGUGUGUAUCAGGGUUGCCUGUACUUUAUUCCAUGAGCUCUGAAAACACCUCCGAUCCUAUCUUGAUUGUGAAAGUGAAGUGGGCUGUCCUUGCAGGGCAGCUGGGGUGGGUAUCAGUGGGGAACCUUCCUGUAGCUCAGGCACAGUGCCCACUUCCCUGGGGAAUGGAGCAGCGUGCCCUGCCAUGGUGGGGCUGGCAUCAGUGGCUCAGGUUACCAGGUGGUGUCAGGUGGACUUGGCCAGUGCACUCUGCUCAGUGAGCUCCGCUUCAGUCUUUCACGGUCUGAGGAACUACUGUCUACCUGGGUUUUACCAGGAUAACAUACAGUGUGCCCUUACUUUACCUCUGAAAUGUUCAGCUCGGGCAUCCGGCUGGGUAGAGGAAACCUGAAUCCCCAGGCAGAGUGGACUCAGUCUCCCCAAGCAGAGGAUACGAGCAAAAACAGGAGGCACCUCCCCAGAGCCAUGGCAUUUGUGGCCCUCCUGGGCCCAUCUCCAGCCCCAACUUCAGCUUCUCACUUCUUACCGCUAGGCCCAGAUCAGGUGCAGGGCUUCAGCUGCCUCUCCCAGGCUGGGGACUGCUCACACCCAGGGUUGUCUCGAGCAGACCCAGAGGGACUGUUGUUGUUGUUGUGGUUGUUGUUGUUGUUUCCUGAGACACUCUUUCUGUGUAGCCCUAGUUGUCCCGGAACUUGCUCUGUAGGCCGGGUUAUCCUCAGACUCAGAGAUCUGCCUGCCUCUGCCUCCUGUGAGCACUGGGAUCAAAGCCUGGGCCACCGCGCCUGGCCCCAAGAGGCACUUUCCCAGGAACAUUCCCCACCUCCUCACAUGGCAUCUGGUCCAUGGUCGCCUUAUGUUUGUUUGGCCCAGUUGACUGCUGGGCCCAGGUGGUGGUUUCUAUUGAGUGGAGGGAGGCCACCACACCCCUCUGCUGUAAGUGGGGGCGCAGUGGAAGUGGAAGUGCAGGGUGCAACUCCCCUGCGCUUGGAGGCUGGGCUCAGAGAGCUCUGUUCCAGGUCACGUUCUGACAGUUUGUUCAGUCUGUUCUCUCUAGAGUCUCACUUCAGUAACUCAGUUGAAAUGGUGACUCUCCUCACGGUUACUGGAGAAGGCUGGUAGCUGUGCGGAGGAUAUUGUCCCCUGCAUACAGUUGCACACUUGCACAGUGAGUUUACAGUAAGCAGGGCAUACCUGUGGGCCAGGGCUCCUUUUACUCUGUCCUGAGCACAAGAGGAAACCUUUGGGGUCUGGCUCUGAUCCUUGCAUAUGAGCAUCCUGCAGGCCCCUGUUACAGCACCAUGGCAGUCAUUGAAGUUGGUCAGCCUGUGCUCUGAUCCCCGACAGAGCCCUCUGUUGAAACCUGAGCCCCGCUGGUGUGGGGCUCUUCUUGUCUUCCUAUUCUUCGGGGCGGAUUUUCCAUGGUGGCUACCCUCCCAGCCUCCCUUACUAGAACUAAGAUCAGGAAAGGGGAGACGGGCCUUGAGUCAGGCUCAGCACCCAGCACCCCGCUCCCCCUCCUGGUCACAGUGACGGUAUGUCCAUCCCCCUAGGAAGAGGGCCAGUGUGUCUGCCUUCUCCCCUUUUCUAAUUGCACUGUACUUCUUCUGGCUUCAGUCUAGAGGUGUCUGAGGUCUCCAUGGGAUUAUGACCCUUAGACUCAGCAAGUCUGCCUUAGCUCUAGAGUGCGGCGAUGAGAACUCACCAUUUCCUGGUGUCUUGAGCCCAUCUCCCUCGGGCUGUGUCUCUCCACAGCAUGUGUUCAUCUCAACCAUUUCCUUUUUGUUUACUGAAGUACUGUACCUGGCUAUCUGCACUGUUUUAAGAACCAAAUGUUUUUGUGUUUUUACUCCUCAACACUUGGUGCAAUAGAAGCCGCAAAGACGUGCCACUUUAUCUUUGGAACUGAUUUUGUAUAACAAUAAAUUCUAGU